AUGCAAUUCCGGCUAUCCGCAGUGCUCGCAGUGUUUGUCCGCGGGUUUAAUUGCAGGUACAUUCCCUCGCGCUGUGGGCAACGGCCGCCCAAAAACCCGCCCAAGCCGGACUCAGUCUCUCAAUAUAUAUCAACCUUUGCCAUCCAGACCCCGCGAUCCUCUUUUCUCUCCGCCACCCCGAAUACUGCGCCGCCUCUCUCGCUCGCGGACACGCCAACACCAGGGGAGGUGUCGCAGCCGGUGAACCUUGCUCCCGGUCCAGCCUCGACAACCUCCCCGCUGACCAGUUUUCCCACUACGGCCACCACGUCAUCUCGCGUCCAUUACAAUGAACGUCUGGUCAAAUAUUACAUCAGCAAAUUUCAUCCCGUACAUCCCAUUCUCCUCCCGCAUUCCCUGUACGCCACGCAGGGUUAUCCGGACUACUUGCAAGUGGUGGUGCAGUUCGUCGGCAGUCACUAUGCGAGUAGCAGCUAUUGGUUCGAAGGCCGCUUCAAUUGGCGUGCCUUCGAGGCCUGGCUGGUUGGAUUUGCACCCAGUAUUCCUGGCCUCGCUGCGUUAAACCCACAUAACACCGGGAUCCCGAUUGGUUUGACAUAUACAUUCUACCUGUGA